AUGUCUCAGGAUAGCCGAACUGAAGACAGAACAUUGAGGAAUACCAUUUCGACUACGAUUUUUCCUCCGCAAAGUUCAAGCGCACCGGGACAAGACCAGCGCGCUUGUGGUGAUACAGGCGACGACCACUGUACUGAGAGUAAGACAAUUCACAACACGGUGAAUAUGUUGUGUAAUCCUGCAGAACCAAAUUUUAUGAACAAUGAAGUACGGAACAGUGCCUCAGUAGACGUCCACGAUGUCCACGAAUAUGACGCCCCACCUGGGAAAACCUGUGGAGUGGAACAGAAGGAAGUAACUUCGGACAUUAACAAUGCAGCAUCUAGCUUGAACCAUCCAACAAUUCCAAGUUCAAAGCAUCUGACUGGGGUUCCAGAGGUGGAAGAAAAGGAUAGCCAUGAGAAAUCCAGCACAGAUUCUACCAACUACUCGACAUCGAUCUCGCCUUGCUCCGACAAUGCGGAUAAAGUUGUUCCAGGUUCCCCUAUGCCACACACAAUGAAGAAAUCACCUUCCAAAGAGACCCAGUUGAAUAGACCCGUGAUAGAUGAAUUGCAGAAGUACCCAAUGUUUCAGAAGCAGAAAGAAAUGACCGAAAAAUUUGGAAUAAAGAAAGACUCCGUUUGUAUCAUGGAUAGCAAGUCAGCGCCGACGGCUGAUUUCAAAAUAUUGAAUGGUGCAUCAUACCUACAUACCCACAAAGCGGGUGAUAUUUAUUCCCAGGGUGUUUGUCCUUCAUCACCAAUGAAAUCACAAGACUCAUCGGCCAUUGAAGACAAUUACGUAUACUACUCGAACGAAGAUGGGUGCUCUCAUGAAAUGCAACAGCACUACGGACCAGCUGAUCCAUACUUGAUGGGUCAGUGCAACGGGGCGUUUGGCCGACGAAAUGUGCUGAAUGCUAGAAAGGUGCCCGUAAACGUGAACGGAUUCGAUGCGCGUCAACCCAGGGGAUCAAACAAUUAUUUGGUUCGUGCAUCAAGUCCGAUGCCCAACAGUGAAUGGUUGCCAUCAGGUAUGCAACCAACAUCACCGACGGAAAACGUGGCAAAUCCAAAUUAUGCUGGGGAUAACGCCAACAAAACGAACUUAAUUGUCAAUUAUCUUCCACCGUUCAUGUCUCAAGAAGAAGUGAAGGCACUUUUCUCUAGCAUAGGCGAAGUUGAGAGUUGCAAGUUGGUACGAGAAAAAGCGACCGGCGAGAGUUUGGGCUAUGCCUUCGUAAAGUACAUUCGUGCAGCUGAUGCUGAAAAAGCUAUACGAACGUUGAAUGGUCUCCGGCUUCAGAAUAAGACAAUCAAGGUUUCUUUGGCUCGUCCCAGUUCAGAGUCAAUCAAAGGAGCAAACCUUUACAUCUGUGGAUUGCCAAAGAAGAUGACCCAGACAGAAUUGGAAGAUUUGUUUAAACAAUGUGGUCGGAUCAUCACUGCACGCAUCCUGUAUGACAACAAAACUGGACUCUCCAGAGGUGUUGCUUUUAUUCGUUUUGACCAAAGACACGAAGCUGAGUUGGCUAUCCGACGUUUGAAUGGGUACCAAGCUCCACCAGAACACCCGAAUGGUGUACCGAGUGAACCAAUCACGGUAAAAUUCGCCAACUCACCAAAUUCGAUUCGACAUGAUAGUCUAAGUCUCGCCUUGUUGAAGCAGGCUGCUCAACUUCAGUCUGUUGCUGCUUCUGUCGUAACGCCACCGUCGAGGACAGCUGCAACGGCUGCAGCCACGGCAGUAGCUGCUGCGGGGUUACUCAAUCCGCUUCAACAAAUUGCCUCUAUUUCGAAUAGGUUGAAAUAUUCCAAUGCGUUAACUGGUGGUGCUGGGUCUCCAGGAUCAACACCGGCCGACUUUUUACCAGCGAUGGCAAGUGCAGCUGCUGUGGUCAACCCAUUACUGGCUCCAGCGGUAGCCGCGAGCUCAGGAGCGUUGACUGCUACCGGAUGGUGCAUUUUUGUCUAUAAUCUUGCGCCAGAAACUGAAGAAGCUAAUCUGUGGCAACUGUUUGGACCCUUUGGUGCAGUCCAAACAGUCAAAAUAAUCCGCGAUCCUACCAGCAACAAAUGCAAAGGAUUUGGGUUUGUCACAAUGAGCAAUUAUGAAGAAGCUCUCCUUGCCAUACACUCACUGAAUGGUUUCGCCCUUGGGAACCGAGUGCUACAGGUAUCAUUUAAAACCACACCAAACUCCAAGCUGAGACCAUCGUCGUCCAACACGCCACCGCAAGCAGUUAGUCCAAUGCCUACAGGUGCCCUGUCUGGACUAAACACUAUACAACAUGUGCAGCCCCCUUUGACGCAGAUGAACGCAGAGGUCACCACUAACUUGAAUUCGCGAUACACUGGUGGCACUUCACCUGGAGUGCCGGCAGUCACUAGCCAUAAUCAGCAGCCACAAGUAGCGCAUACCCAACAACAAAGUCAAGUCCAGCAACAAAAAACAUCACCGCUCGGCUUGCGGUCGGCUUCCUCGCAGCCAGGCUUCGGAACGUCUAGUCCGCAGCCAAACAAACCACUUUUGGUGCAAUUUCCAAACACUGGAGCCCCAGUGCAACUGUCAGCACCACGCGCGACAUCUGAAAACGCCGUAAGUGGAAAAAGUUACAAGACUCUUAUUCCGGCUAACCCUAGUGGUGAACCUCCAACGGAACUGUCGGAUUCGUUCUCCGGUGCAUUAUCAAUGAAAUCGCCUGCUACCAACCUUACACUAAUGGCUAACCAACAAGAAAAGCAGCGACCUCCGAUUAAAAAGAAUUGUUGCACUGUCAAGAAUCCGGCAACAGGAGCUGACUGCACUCCAUCGCUAAUUGCGGGACAGGAGGGCCAAUGGAGCGACGCAGUCAGAAGCCGCUUCAUCCUCCAGAGGAUGGUCGCGUCGCUUGCCAAGUUAGGCUCUUGUGUCGUGCAGGCAGCUCUCGAUGCCUCCAGCUCGUCCUCAGUUGAAUCGUUCUGGAGGCUAAAUUCCUCCAAAUCUUUUCUACAGGACCAGACAUGUGUCAUUGCCAUUUUCCGUCGGUUCGGAUGCAAGUUUUGUCGCCUCGAGGCACUCAAUCUGAGUCAAAUGAAACCGGCAUUCGAUAAGCGUCGGAUUCGAUUGGUUGGAAUAUCGUUUGACGAGGAUGGAGUCAAGGACUUUGUAGAUGGCAACUUCUUCAAGGGUGAACUGUUUCUGGAUCCGGAUCGAAGUACCUAUCGAGCUAUGGAUUUCAAACGUGUAUCAGGUCUGUCAGGCUUCAAGUCGUUGUUCACUAAAGCUGGCCGGAAUCUGAACUCUGUGGCGAAUACGCUGUCAUUUCUCAUGGACUUCAAUGUAUGCACCAUUUUUUUCGGCACACAGGCUGCGCAUGUGUCAGGCAAUUUCUCUGGUGACGGUUGGCAAACCGGUGGCUUACUUGUCGUCGAAAAAGGAGGAAAGGUCUUGUACCAGUUCGCUCAAGAAAAGGUUGUCAAUCAUCCAGACUAUACCAAGAUUAUGGAAGUUUUGAAAAUCGACCCGAAAGAAGUCGGGGAGUUGCACGUAGCGGGGACAGCAUCCUGUGGAGACGGUGUUUGCUCGAAAACAUAGAUUCUUUAGCUGGAUGAAUUGGUUUCGUGACUUCCGCUAGCAUAAUUUGGUUGCCGUUUUUAAGCCCUCAUGUUUGUGAUUUUCACCUUCAAAUCUAGUGUCUCCGUUCACCUUUUUUUUACAGUGUUUCUAUUUCAUCUGACUAUUGUGUUGUGGUGGCACAACGGUUCUGUAUCUUUGGUCUUUGUAAACUAAUUCGGCUCCAGAGAGAUUGUAAUACAAUGUUGGUAUUGUUGCCACAUGUAACCAAACUGACUUAGGUGAACCUACUUUGUGUGAUUUCUUUCAUCUUUUCGAUCAGUUGCUUCAACUAGACUCAAUAACUGGGCUUCGUCUUGCUACCCAGCUGC